GAGAGCGAGAGAGAAGUCAGUAGUCAUAUGUUGAGAUACACAGCUUCAAGAACCAAAUGCACGAUUGCAUGCUUUAUCUGAUGUAGGCUGAGGCUGAAAAGGCGCAUCGCUCGGGCGGUUGAGUCGCAUGUCAGCGCCGGCUGCAGGAUGAAAGACAUGAUGAUGAUGAUGUUAUUCAAGUCGGAGCUUCGAGGCUGCUAAAGUUUUACUCCAGUUCUCAUCUGAUGCUGGUCAUGUUGGUUGGUUUCCGAGCUUCUCAGGGGCUCUGAUGUAAAGGUUUUGGGGCUCAUGCUGCGCUGCCAUCUGCUGUGCUCUCUGGACAGACGGGCGCUGCCUGACCCCGGAGUCAAAGCCUGGCACUGCCCCUUUCAUCUGAAGCUUCUCCCUCUGCACGAGCUGGAGGACACCCAACGUUUACGAGGUCCUACACGUGCAGACAAAAGAAGAUAAGGAAGACGACUAGAGACAUGUUCAAUGGAUUGCUAGAACCUGCACUGGAGAGCCCUGGACGUCCUCUGCCUCCAAUCCACAGCUUCUAAGUGACUUUAUUACGGGACCUUCUGAGAUCACCGUCUACCCCUCACUCCUUUGACAAUUGUUAAAUGGUUGUUGUGUUGCUUUAUCAGGAGCUUGCAUUUCCCACUCCAUCUCCUCCCUCCUGUGACCAGAGACCUUAUUUAGCAGCUACUAUUAUUAUUUUUUACUCAUCUCCCCACUGUCUCUCUGAUCUGAUUAGUCUCAGGUCUGCAGGCUUGGACACGCUGGAAGCAGGAAACAAGGACGUGUGGCACCAACCAUUUACAGUUCAGCUGUGCUAAUCUCUGAAUUUCCAUUGUGUAUAGAACACCUGGACACCAAAGGGUCCAUUUAGGUGCUGUGUGUGCUUCAGCUGUCUGUCCCUUGCCGUGUCAUGUCAUCUUCCCUCUCACCACGUCUGCUUUCGAGAGGACCAGAUGUACCGGGGUUGAAAUAAGCAUACUUGUCAGUUUGUUCCCCUCAAAGCCGAGCUGAGGUCCGCCCCACUUGAUCAAGAACCCGUAACACUCUUAGACGUUUUCCCCCAUUUUCUGUUCAAUCUGGCCGAGCUGCCUAUACUCCCGAGUGUCCAGACGGUGUGCAGGUUCUGCGGGCGAGGCGUGUGGAGGAUGAGCGAUGUUCCCCCACUGGAGUACGAGCCGCUCUCCCCUGCGCUCCCCAGCAGGCCACCGCUAGCUGCAGACGCUGAGCAGAGAACGGCUCUAGCCUUCGUGGGCCUGCUCAUGCUCUUCCUGCUCUUCCUGCUUGUGCGUUGCUUCCGCAUUCUGCUCGAUCCCUACAGCCGCAUGCCGGCCUCGUCCUGGACUGACCACAAAGAGGGCCUGGAGAGAGGCCAGUUCGACUACGCGCUGGUGUAAAGCACUGAUCAGCGAUGGUGGACGAGCCGAGAGCCUCUGCCUUCGCUCUCUCUGUGGUCAGCCCUCGACGACUUCCCAACUCCCUGUGACUCUCCUUUCACCACCUCCUGUAGUGUCUCCUCAGGGCUACAAGGUUUUCCUUUAGUUUCCUAGUGAUGCCUGAACCAUUAUCCUAGCCAUUAUCCCUCGGCCCAUAAAAUCUCUGGUAGAGUCCAGUACUAAGAACUAUGACUAUUCCAUCAGUUAUGAAAAACGAAUCCAGUUUUUGUCACAAGAUAUUUUUCUGAUUCUCUCGUCCAGAAUGAUGCUUUUUUUCCUGUUUUAGUGGUAGAGGCACUAUUAGGUCUUAUUGUUAAAUAUCACCUCACACUGUGGAUUACACGUAUAUACAGUAUGAAGUUCCACAGGUUCCGAGAAACAGGACAUUUUGAACGUUCUCCUGAAGUAGUAGUUGAAACCAUAUUCAGAUCCAUUUUAUUUUACAGACAAAACUAGGUCAGAUGUUUAUCAGCACAUAUUUGACCCCUCAUUCUAUCCAGUGCAUCUAAUCUGGUUUUUUCUACAUGCUAUGAACUAAUGCAGUCAGGAGGAUUACCUCCACCUCAGGUUCAUCAUUAGUUUAGGCACAGUCACAUCAGCCAUCGUCACAAUAAUGUAUUUUGGCUACAAUGCAUAACUUUUAACGGGGGUCCCCAAACUAUGGGCCAAAUACAGCCGGCCCCACAUUUGGAACGGCUCUCGGAAAAGAGACAUAUUUUGAAAAUGUAAUUUUACAUAUAUGUUUUACUCAUAUGAUAUCUGUAUUUAAUAAUAAAGGUUGGCUUUAAAACUAAAAUUUCCCUUAGUUAUUAAGAGAGGUUGAGGCACCGAUUGUUGAUUGCUGUAACUGUCGGCAAAAAACCAUAACGAUAGUUUUUCCAGCUUCCAUUCUGCUGUUAUUACAAGAGCGGCCUCUAGAGGCAAAUCAAUGAUGCAUGUGCUGUUUGUAUAUAUAUGUAUGUAUAAUAUAGCCUAAUUAUUUAUUAGAUUAAAAUACCAACCAUAUGCAUAUGCGUUAGUAAGUAAAUCUUUUGAUUUCAGUAAGAAUGAAAAUGAAAAAGAAUGAAGAAGAAUGAAAAAUUUAUUAUGAUAGUAAUAAUGCUAUUUUAAUAGGUGAUAUAUCUCUACAGUGGCGGGCCGUGCAUUUGGUACCUGGGCCUUCAGUGGGGUCUUACUCGACUUAAUCCACCUUUAAAUACCACUAUACACUAUCAUGUUGCAAUUAUAGAAACCAUCAAUACUAUACAAAAACGCAGUAUAACAACACGUGGCAUUACAGAGAGAGAGGCAUUUAGCAUGUGGAGGGUAAAUACUAUUUUACUAAAGCAAGAAACCCAGU